GAGAGGGCCCGGCGCACCACAGAGCAGUCAGUGGUGCCGGCGACUGGGGAGGAGUCAGACUGACAGGUCACGGGUUGGCGCGCGAGGUGCGAUACUCACGAACUAGAGCGUCCCGCCUCGCUCCCGCACAGCACACGGCCGACCCCGAGGCGCGCAGCGGGCAUGCCGUCCAUGCUUCUCACGGUGGUUGUGAUGGCGGCGGUGGCCGUCGCCGCCCUCUCCGCUGGUGAGCCGGUCGGUCCCGCCACCCGCGGGUCCCGGGUGACCCCGCGCCGGGCCCGGCUGCUCAGACCGGCGGCGGCGCUGCGCCGGCAGGAUGUGGCCGACCUGGACGGCCUGGUGGAGAAGAGCCACCUGUUCACGGCCGACCCGGAGGCGGCCAGCGCCGGCCGGCUGUACCGCCAGCUCGCGCGCUACCCGUCCGAGCCCGACACCCAGACACAGACGGAGGCCGAGCUGACCACCGACGAGCUGCUCAUCGACGACGGCGACUUCGGCCGGCGGCUGGAGCCCGACGAGCAGAGCCCCGUCCUGCCGGCGUACCCGCCGUACUCCCACGGGCCGCUGGCCGUACCCGUGGAGCCGUACCGCAGCCCAGAGUACGGCCCCGUGUCCGGAGAGGCGCGUCAGAGCGCGGCGGCCGAGGAUGUCACGAGCACUACCGCGGCACCGGCCGAGAGGCCUGCUGCCGUCACUGAGACCGCUGAGCCGACUGAGGUGCCGCUGCAGGGGGCCGAACCGCCCCCCGCCCCCCGGGAGGAGGUCACUGACCGACCCCAGCCGGCCGGCUACACUCAGCGGGGACCGGCACCCCGGCGGCCCUACCUACCCCGUCCCCGCGCCCCGGCCCGCCCGGUCACAGCGCACCGGCCGCCGCUCAAGGUGGCCGCUCCAUCCCUCUACAAACCGGGAGCCGUGGUAGCCGCUAAACCACCGACCAGCUUUUACGAGGAGCGCCUGAACGAGGUGUCCUCAUUUCCCCUGUGGACCCCGUAUGCACCACUAUGGGCGCCAUACCCGACGCGCCCUCACCCCCCGACGUUCGAAUCAGGACACCACGAAGCCCAGCAUCGGCCCGCCUCGCCCGAAUACCGGCAUUACUCCGGACUGCGCCAAGCGAAAAAGGCGAGCGGGUUCGAGCGCCCGCGCCCCAGCCCGCACCGCUACUCCCCCGUCAGAGCUGACGUCUCCUUCGGGGCGCGCACCGGCGACCACGGGGCCUUCGAGUGGUUCUCCGACCACCCGGUCGGCACAUCGUAUCACUGAAUGGAUUGUCUGAGGAAUGCUGCCUUCUGUUUAAGAAAGGCCUUUUGUCCACCGCAUCACUCAGUGGACAGCUGUUUGCGGUAUCUAUGAGCGAGCGCUGCCGCCCUUUGGCGUCGAGAACGGCGAAUGGCCGAAGUCUGAGACCGACAGUUUGAAGUUUAUCUAAACGAUCAGCUGUAAACAUCCUAAUCGAGUAUAGGAGCCGGCCAGAACAUUUGAAAGGCUGCAAAUGUUGAUAUGACGCGUCUAACAUUUUAGAGUAACAUAAAAUGUUCUCAACAUGCCACGAGUUUAUGCCCAUAUAGGUAAGCACAGGUUCAGGAUAAGAGCAUAUCCUCCAGCCCUUUCAAGCCUUCUACUCCCUACGAAACGAAUCAUUGUUACCUAUAAGCUGAAAAAUAUGCGCUUUUUGUUAAAGAUAGCAUGUAGUGUAGGUACUUGAUAAACAAGGAUAACUUAACUAGUGUAUAGCGGUACGUCUUGGCCAUAAAGUGGGCAUGCUUCAGUGUGAACAUGUGCAAAGCCAGGGGACAUCAGGUAACCACAAGAGCGACAUAGUCGUUAUGCUAUGAAGCGGUGCUGGUUGAUCAACAUAUCAAUAUCGCUGAGGUGAAACUGAGACGCGGAACGUGCCUAUCAUGUUGGCACAUGGGCGUUACGAGACAUGCAUAUUGGAUCAUUUUGUAUUCAGUUCCAAGACGAGGAUAAGGGAAGCAGGUAUGAAUGGUCGUAAGUUCGUAACCAAUGUAUAGUUCGUACAUGUCGAUUGUCGAUUGAUUUUAAAAGGAGCAAUCAAGUUCUGUACAACAUUCCCGCUGUAGCAAUUACCGUGUCUCACCAGCUGGUACUUUGCACUCAUUUGUUCUCCAAUAUACGUUAUAUAAAGCU